AUGUUCCGGCUUUUGACCGCCUGCUGGUCUCGACUAAAGACACCAGAAGAGACACGAAGGAAUGUGACCAUACCUAUCAUUGGCUUGGACAACUCAGGGAAAACUCUUCUCGUGGAGACAUUCCAAAAAUUACUUCCCAGUAAGACAGACCAUUGUAUGAAAUCGGAACUGACUACACUUUUGUUAGAUAAGUAUGAACUUUCCAUCUAUGACCUGAACGGAGAUCUGAGGGGCCGAGAAGCAUGGCCAAACUACUACGCACAAGCACAUGGGCUUGUUUUCGUCCUGGAUUCCAGUGAUAUAAGACGCAUGCGGGACGUGAGGAUCAUCUUAACACAUCUGCUGCCUGAUAAAAGAGUGGCAGGGAAACCCAUCUUACUCCUAGCAAACAAACAGGACAAGAAGAAAGCCCUCAUGCCUGGUGAUAUUAUUGAUUAUCUAUUUCUAGACAAGCUCGUGAAAGAGAAUAAGUGCCCGUGCCGACUGGAGCCAUGUUCAGCCAUCAGCAACCUUGACAGAAGAAACCAUCAGCCCAUAGUUGAAGGACUGCGCUGGCUAUUAGCUGUCAUUGCUACUCGCCAACUACCACCCACUUUGAGCAUCCCAAUCUCCAAGGAAAACAGAGGCUCUGAACAGAGAUGCUCUUCAAGCAGCUUCUCCACCAGACUUGAAAUGCCAAAGAAGAAAACGCAGCAUCUAGAACAAUAUUCAAUAGAAGCUAAGCCUCUAAAGUCAAUCCUACAGAAAGAAGGAACAAGAUUACGGCCUAAAAAGAAUAUGUCAGUAACAUUUGCUUUACAUGAUGAACCCAGGAAAGAAGCUGAACAUUCUAGAAGAAUUAGAGCUCGGAAUACUAUGGAGCUUUGCUACAAAUGA